CCCGUGUCGACAGCAAUCAUUUCAUUGUACCAACACCUGGUCUUCCAACUUCUACCCGGGUCUUGCAUUGCUGCCUUGAAACACGACCAUUCCCUUCUCUAAUCCAACUCAGCUUAUCAUCUCUUUCGGUAGAGGCCGCAUUCUUAGACCAUUGCCAGCCCCCCAUCGCCGAGCUGUCAUCUUUCCUUCCACUUUCGACCUCUUCGAUGAGCACACACGUAACUUGCCGCUCCCCAGGCUUUCUCCCUGGUCUUUAAUACUGUCCUACUCAUGACCGCCUGGCCUCUGCGCGGAUCUUUGAAGAGCACCCAGAUACUAAAGAUUGGUUGUACGCAAAGCCUCGCAGUCAUUUCCUCAGGGAGAAGGGCAUUCCAUUGUCCGUGCCAGUGCGAGGCAGUGCAUUCCGCGUCUGCAAACGCAACACUGUUUGGCUGAACAACAACGAGACCAUUGCAGACUACCAGGCUUCGCAAUGGCAACGGCAGCCUCACAGCAAUCGCCUUCGAUGGUGCGCAGUCAUUCUUCAUCACGAAACCCUCCUCCUUCGUCCUACGCUCCCGCUUCCCCUGCGCAACCUUCCAGAACACGAUCAACGAAUUCACGGCCUUCCAACCAGUUAGCUCACAACCGCUCUGGCUCCCGUUCGUAUGACAUUCCUCCCCAAUCGAACCCUACCGCGCUCGCAAAUGUCGCCCGCAGAGACUUUGAACAGACCAAUAUGCCGAGAACAUCCUCACGGAGAAGUUCACGAGACGGGAGGGCGGAUCACACCACGGACAAUCAUGGGAGGACUUCAUCGCGUCCCGGUUCAAGACGGGGCAGUCAAGACCUUACUGCACCAACUACGGUCGUAGCGAACGGCACAUCAGGCCCACCUCCACCACCUUCCAGCACGACUAAUCCGGACAGACAUGCUGCACAGACGUAUCCUACUGUAGGCCGCAGACGAACGUCUAUAACCGCACAAACAGGUACAUGGUCAUUGGGCAAAACCAUUGGGCAAGGGAGCAUGGGCAAGGUCAAGCUUGCAAAGAACACUGAAACUGGAGAACAGGCUGCUAUCAAGAUUGUUCCACGGCAAACCCUUGAUGACCACGGUAAUGCAAAAGAUGAAAGAGCAGAUCGGUCAAAAGAAAUCCGCACAGCCAGAGAGGCGGCGAUGGUGUCCUUGCUCUGCCAUCCAUAUAUUUGUGGUAUGAUCGACGUACAGCGGACAAAUUAUCAUUGGUAUAUGCUCUUCGAAUAUGUCAAUGGUGGGCAAAUGCUCGACUAUAUCAUUGCUCACGGCCGAUUGAAAGAGAAGCAAGCCAGGAAAUUCGCGCGUCAGAUUGCAAGCGCUCUGGACUAUUGCCACCGCAACAGCAUUGUACACCGAGAUCUGAAGAUUGAGAACAUUCUCAUCAGUAAGAAUGGUGAUAUCAAAAUUAUCGACUUCGGCCUCAGCAAUCUCUAUUCGCCCCGUGCCCUCCUCAAGACAUUCUGCGGAAGCUUAUAUUUUGCAGCCCCAGAAUUGCUACAAGCUCGCCAGUAUACAGGGCCAGAGGUUGACGUGUGGAGUUUUGGGAUUGUGUUAUACGUGCUCGUUUGUGGCAAGGUUCCCUUCGAUGACCAAAGCAUGCCUCAAUUACAUGCCAAGAUCAAACGUGGUGUUGUUGACUAUCCACAGUGGCUAACAGCUGAGUGCAAAAACAUUAUUUCGCGAAUGCUUGUAGUCGACCCCAAAGAACGGGCGAGCCUUCAGGAGAUUAUGAAUCACCCAUGGAUGACGAAAGGCUUCAAUGGACCCCCAGACAAUUAUCUCCCACAUAGAGAGCCCCUUUCGUUGCCCCUUGAUCAAGAAGUCAUCGACAAGAUGCAGGGCUUUGAUUUCGGCUCGUCUGCCUACAUCACUGAGCAGCUUACUCGCAUUGUUGAGUCAGACGACUAUCAGAAUGCCAUUCGAAGAACAACCAAGGAUGAUCACAGCCACACUUCUGGUGGGGGAGACAAAAAGCGUGGAGUUUUCGACUUCUACAAGCGGAGAAACUCUAUAAGCAGAGAGGGCUUGACAGCCCCUUCGUCGGAAGCAAUUCGGGGACACGACCCGCUGAAUGCGUACAGCCCUCUCGUAUCAGUCUACUAUCUGGCUCGCGAGAAACUCGAACGAGAACGCCGAGAACAAAACCCGGGAGCUUUAGCUAUGCCAUUGACACCUAAGGAGAUCCCUCUGAAAUUGCCAGGUCUCCCAACACCUGAAGCGGCCCAUACCAAUACCUUUGCUCCCGAGAUGCCAGGUGAGAAGGCCACUGGUGGCCGUUCAAGACCUCGUGCGCGGACAAACGGUGAAGAUGAUGUAGUUCAUGCUAUGAAAACUUUGGAGAUUCCAGAGAAGAAGCCGGCUCCCAGUGCAACUUCGCCAACAGCGAUACCACCACCAGAACAACCCACAAGACGAGAAGGCACUGCUAUUGGUCUGUUGAGGAGGUUCAGCACCAGGCGUUAUCGCGACCGCGACAUGGAACGUCCUCAUCCACCACCAGCGUUGAAUAUCCAGCCUCCCCAAGAUUCUGCAGCCCCACCACGUAAGUCUUUCUCUGUUCGUCGGUCUCGGAGGAGGGAGCCAAGUCCCAGCACGCACCAUGCUGGAGGAAGUCAGCCUCAACAUGAAGGCCUUCUCAGCACCGGGAACAAUUCCUCGAGAGCUGGGAAGUUUCUGGGUCGGUCGACCAGCGUUAACUCUGCAGAGUACCGUCCUCGACGACUUCUACAUCGUGGGCCAUCAGCCAACGAAUCACCGUUGCUGGCACCCGAGCCACCGCCUACCAGCGGUUCAGAUAAGUCCAGCCUCAGUGGCGGCAAGAACAGCAAGGGUGUUGAGCUUACAGACAAGCCUGUGGCAAACGCCAACCCAUUGCCUACACCGCGCACGCCGACUAGUAGCCGCACCAAGUCUCUUGGUCAUGCGCGACAAGAAAGCAUUCAAGCAAGACGCCGACGGUACGAAGAACGACGGGAUCGAGAGGCCAACGUUCCGGAGGAAACUGACGCUGACAUGCGAGAUAACACGGAUGCUUUAGAGACACCUGCCAUUCCUGACACUCCAGGAACGGAGAUCUCCAAGCCGGCAAGUCUAAAAGGGCUAUUCUCGACCUCAACAACCAGCAAUAAACCGCCCGAAUUCAUCCGGCAUGACAUUAUCCGUGUUCUGAACCAGUUGGGCGUUCAGUAUAGUGUCAUCAAAGGCGGCUUCUCUUGCCGGCAUGCGCCCAGCAUCAAUCUCGAAGGUGUCAAAGAGCAGGGACCCGGGCUAGAGGACGAUAGAAGUGGCCGCGUAACAAGUGGACACCAACGACGAAUCUCAUUUGGCGGAGCUUUCCGCGGUAAGGACAGAGAAGAUAUCAAGGACGAGAGACUCGGUCGCCACCCGACUCGGAGACGACAGCCAGAUCAAAGUUUCGUGACCAAUUCCGAAGGCUCGGACGACUAUCUGCCACAGACCAGACACACGAGCGAGGCGCCUGCCGAUAUGGCAGCGACCAGAACACGAGUUCAAGACGAUAACGGUGAACGGCUUGUUCUUCGGUUUGAAAUUGCGAUUGUCAAAAUUCCCCUCCUCUCGUUGCAUGGAAUCCAAUUUAAGAAGGUCCAGGGAGGGAUGAACCAGUACCGUUCGAUGACUGCGGCGAUUCUCAACAGCCUAAGACUUUAAGGCUAUGGAGAUUGCUUUUGUUUUUGAGUUCCAACUGAAAGGUAAUGGCAUGUUCAGCGAGGCGUAUGCAUGGAGAAGAUGAACGCGAGGGCGAAGCCAAAUGUAUUUGAAGUGACUUUUUCGGGUGGUGAGCAGCGCAGCCACUCUAUGAAUGAAUGCCAGUGCAAGCGAAGUGUCUAGACCACGAUUAUUCGCACCAUGAUCAAACAUAUGAGAAUGAUAUACAGGAUCUACUCAUAAUCGCUCUCUUUUCCUCCGUGUCGAGUGGUUCAAGCCUUUUUCCCUGGCACGGAUUCUGAUGUUGACACCUCGUGUGAAAAGAGGGGACGCCGGAGGGCUUGAUAGGUCGAUCAGAGACGGGGAAGGCGGGAUGCGCCGGGAGUAGUAAUGAUUUUUAAGUCCUCUGUACGGGGAAGG